AGCUCUUCCGCUGCUCUAGCUCUGGCUCUCCCUUGAACAGCUCCUAGAGAGAAGAAGGCGUGCGGAGCUCAGAUCACCAGCAUCAUGCUCCUUGGGCUUGGCUCGUAGAUCCCCCCUCUUUGAACAUUAAAAUAACUCCUUCGUCCAUCAGCGUCUCAGGCAGACCCAGCGAGAAAACGCAUACGUGAGAGAGAGGGGGAAGGAAGAGGAAGAAGAGAAAAAUCAGCAACCAACUGGACUAAAGCAAAGAGAAAGAGUGCUUUGCUUGCACAGCUGCGAAGUGGGAAUUUAAAGAACUGCAGAGAGAGAAAUUCCGGCUCAUCAGCACAUACACAUUGCAGAAUUACAGAUCCAGGUAGAGAUGACAUCAACAGGGAAAGAAGGCAGCGGAGCUCAACAUGCACAAUAUGUUGGACCCUAUCGUUUGGAAAAAACCCUAGGAAAAGGACAGACAGGGCUUGUGAAGUUGGGGGUUCACUGUGUCACAUGUCAGAAGGUCGCGAUAAAAAUUGUCAACAGAGAGAAACUCAGCGAGUCGGUGCUAAUGAAGGUGGAGCGGGAAAUAGCCAUCCUGAAGUUGAUAGAACAUCCCCACGUUUUAAAGCUGCAUGAUGUUUACGAAAAUAAAAAAUAUUUGUAUUUGGUGCUAGAACAUGUGUCAGGUGGGGAGCUCUUCGACUAUCUCGUAAAAAAGGGAAGACUGACACCAAAAGAAGCCAGGAAGUUCUUCCGUCAAAUCAUCUCUGCUUUAGACUUCUGCCAUAGUCAUUCAAUAUGUCACAGGGACUUAAAACCAGAAAACCUACUGCUGGAUGAAAAGAACAACAUCCGGAUAGCAGACUUCGGGAUGGCAUCACUGCAGGUUGGGGACAGCUUGUUAGAAACCAGUUGUGGAUCACCACAUUAUGCUUGCCCUGAAGUCAUCCGGGGAGAAAAAUAUGAUGGAAGGAAAGCAGACGUCUGGAGCUGUGGAGUCAUUUUAUUUGCAUUGCUAGUGGGUGCCCUGCCUUUCGAUGAUGACAACUUGCGGCAACUGUUGGAGAAGGUGAAACGUGGAGUGUUCCACAUGCCACAUUUUAUCCCCCCGGACUGUCAGAACCUUUUGCGGGGGAUGAUUGAAGUGGAUGCCUCGAAACGCCUCACGCUAGAACAUAUUCAGAAACACAUAUGGUAUAUAGGGGGUAAGAAUGAGCCAGAACCAGAGCAACCAAUCCCUCGAAAGGUGCAGAUUCGUUCUCUCCCUUCCUUGGAGGAUAUUGAUCCAGACGUGUUAGAUAGCAUGCAUUCAUUAGGCUGCUUCCGUGACCGAAAUAAACUCUUACAGGACUUGUUGUCAGAAGAAGAAAAUCAAGAGAAGAUGAUUUAUUUUCUUCUGCUUGACCGGAAGGAACGGUAUCCUAGUCAUGAAGAUGAGGAUCUUCCCCCUAGAAAUGAAAUAGAUCCCCCCAGGAAGCGUGUGGACUCCCCAAUGCUGAACAGGCAUGGGAAGCGACGGCCAGAAAGGAAGUCGAUGGAGGUUCUCAGUGUGACAGAUGGCGGCUCCCCAGUCCCUGCUCGCAGAGCUAUUGAAAUGGCACAACAUGGACAGAGUAAAACAAUGUUCAGUAAAAGCCUGGAUAUCUCUGAAGCCAAUCCCAAAUUCAACAAAGAAGAAAGGAUGGCGAGUGCUGAUCCAUUGGGGUCUCGGUCAAUCAGCGGAGCAUCAUCUGGACUCUCCACCAGUCCUCUCAGCAGUCCAAGGCCUAUCAGAAAGUUCUUCAUCCCCCCUCAGACCUCCGACCUCCCUUUCUCUCCCCGACCCCAAGUUUCCUUGGACCCUGAUGCUUGUAGGAACGCCUCCAGGCCUGGACAUGUACUCCAACCAAAGCCAGCACUUCAGCCCAACCCAAAGACGCAGACUUUGCCAUCCAAGAGCAAAUUGGCCGAAAAACCGCUCCAGUCUACUAAAUCCAACCCACUCCCUACCAGCAAUACCAGCGCCCCCUCUUCCCAGAACACCCCUGUGCAGAAUGCUCAGGGCCGCUCACCUGUUGCCAGCUUUAACCCACAGCUGGCUGUUCCUAAACUGCAGAUCAACCCUAUGUCUCCUGUUAGAUUGCUCCCUUCUAGUACUGACCCAAGCACCAAAUCUAUCCCCAUCAUACAGGUCACCCCUCACCCCUCUCCAAGGGGAAGUCCCCUCCCUACCCCCAAGGGGACACCUGUCCAUACGCCAAAGGAGAGCCCAGCAGGCACACCCAACCCAACACCACCAUCCAGCCCCAGCAUUGGAGGAAUGCCAUGGAGGACACGACUCAACUCAAUCAAGAAUAGUUUCCUGGGGUCUCCUCGUUUCCAUCGCCGGAAAUUGCAAGUACCUACACCAGAGGAGAUGUCAAAUUUAACCCCGGAGUCAUCCCCAGAGCUUGCCAAAAAAUCCUGGUUCGGUAACUUCAUUAACCUGGAGAAAGAAGAGCAGAUUUUUGUGGUCAUUAAGGACAAACCACUAAGCUCCAUUAAGGCUGAUAUUGUUCAUGCUUUCCUCUCGAUUCCAAGCCUCAGUCACAGUGUCAUCUCACAGACAAGUUUCCGUGCAGAAUAUAAGUCCACAGGAGGUCCUGCUGUCUUCCAGAAGCCAGUGAAGUUCCAGGUGGACAUAACAUACACAGAAGGGGGAGAAGCGCAGAAGGAGAAUGGGAUCUAUUCUGUCACUUUCACACUUUUAUCAGGUCCAAGCCGUCGUUUUAAGAGGGUAGUAGAAACCAUUCAGGCACAGUUGUUAAGCACACAUGACCAGCCUUCAGUGCAGCAGUUAUCAGACACCACUAACUGUAUGGAGUUGAUGACUGGCAGACUUUCCAAAUGUGGCAGCCCAUUGAGUAACUUCUUUGACGUAAUUAAACAACUUUUUUCAGACGAGAAGAACGGGCAGGUGAGCCAUCCCCCCGGCACGCCAACCAAGCAUAGCGCAAACAGCAAGCGGAGCGAUUCCAGUUCUAAUGACUAUGGGUCUAGAGGAGACAAUAAGUACCCUGCUGGCAAAGACAAGGCAAAGAUGGUCUCAUCAGUCGGCCUACAAGACCAACCUUAAAUAAACACAUGAAAAAUUAAAUAACUUAGAAAAAAAAAAAAAAACCAAGAAAGAAUGAAAGAAUAUUCCUUAGCAAGCUAGCCUCUAAACUAGAAGGAUGUAUAUACCUUGCCACAACAGUACAAAACUGUCUAUAGACAAAUUUUGUAUGAAGGAAUGACUGUAUAUAUAUACAUAUAUAUAUUUAUAUAUGAUAUAUAAUAUAUAUCUCAGAAACAAACACAAAAACAAAUGAAUGAAAGAAUGAAAAGAAAAGAAAGAAAAGAAAAGGUAGCACAGAUGACAAACCCAGUUCACCAGAUCUUGGGUUGUGAUUUUUUUUCAAUUGUUUUUUUUUCUCCCUUUUUUUGAAUGUUUUGCUUUUUUUCUCCUUCCUGAUUUUUUGGGUUUAUUACUAUUUUUAUUCUUUUUUUGUUUUCUUUUGUUUUGUUUCUUGUUCUGUUCAUGCUCUCUCUGUGUUUCUGACGACACCACUUGUUUCCGCUCUGCUACCAGGAAUUAUCCCGAAAAGUUAACAUGUCAGCCACGGCUUCACCUUCUGUGCUCUGCGGACACUUGUUGACGGAAGGCAACCGAUGUAGACUGUCCAAGGACCAGUCCUGUUUGAGGUUCCCAGCCUCCCCUCUCCCUU